AGCCAGCGAGGCUUCAUCAGGGGGAUUAAACCAAAGUCCUCGCACUCUUCACACCAGCCGCUCACCCACUGACCGACUGAAGAUCUGGAAGGCUCCGGAUGUUUCUGUGAGGAUCCAGCCCGGCUAUAAAGGCUGAGACGAACGGACUUGUGCGAGUGAGGAGUUCUUGAGAUUCAAACCUGGAACAAAAAGAAUCUAAAUAUCCGUUCAGACAAAAGUAGCUUUUGCCAGAACCAGUUUUAAAAAACAGCGUGACGCUGGACUUUUCGUACUUUGGACGUCUACAGACGUGGGAAUUCUUCGCAAGGUUUUAUCAAAAACUUUCAACAAGGAUAUUAAUUUCUAGCAUCCCAUCACCAUGAGCAGCGGUGGGACCACCACAGUUUCACCAAAGGAGCCGCAAGCUUUCAAACGGGCGGUGCGGAAGAUAAAAUGUGCAGCCAUGGUGGCCAACUUGGCCAAGAGCUGGCAGGGCUGGGCCAACGAACACAGCAACAAACAGGAAACCAUCCCGACCGGCUGGAUGCCUUCAUCGGUUAUAGAGGAAGACAAAAAAGAUCACGUGGUCAAACUUACCGUCACGCCACGUGUCAUCACAGUAGACGCCGGCGACGACAGCGGGAGUAAGAUCCGAGCCUGUUCUGUGACCAAGACUGUCCAGCCCAAACUCAGCGAGUGCGGCGGCAUCGACUUGGUCAACGCCAUCAAAGGCAAGAUGGAGUCCGGUCCGGAGGAGAGCAAGCCGUUCCUCGGGAAUGAGUCGCCAACGCGGAGGCGCCAAAUGAGGGCUCUACAGAGCGCGGGGGGAAGCGUCGGGGUCAUCCAAGACAGGAAGCUGAUGCUCCAGGAGAAGAAGCUGGGGUCCAGGAGCAGCAGUGUUGACACGGAGGACAGCGGGCUCGGAGAGGAGGUCGGGCUCAGCGACAACGGUGAACCGAAAUCUGAGCAGAGCGACAUCCAGCCCAAGAAACAGAGCAACAGGCCCAAGAUCAAGAUUGCCACCACGGGUGACAUCAAAAGCCGCUGGCAGCAGUGGUCCGAGCAGCACAUUGAGGGCCAGAAGCUCAACCCCUUCAGCGAGGAGUUCGACUACGAGUUCUCCAUGGCCCAGCGCCUCCGCAAGGGCGACUCCGGCUACGGUCGGCCCAAAGAGGGGUCCAGGACGGCGGAGAGGGGCGACAGGGCGCAGAAACACAUCUACAGGGAGAUGGAGGAGAUGGUGUGGAUCAUCAAAGACAUGGGCUUCAAGGACAAAGAGGGGAGGACCAUCAUAUCAUUCGGCCGACUCUUCGACCGCUACGUGAAGAUCUCGGACAAGGUGGUGGGCAUCCUGCUGCGCUGCCGCAAACACAAGAUGCUGGACUUCGAAGGCGAGAUGCUGUGGAAGGGACAGGACGACCACAUCAUCAUCACAGUGAGGGACUGAGGACGGACAGGAUGUCUUACGAACACUUAACACACGUGAGCUCAGCUGGAGGAACAAUGCUAGCAGUGCUAACAGCGAUGCUACACAGGAGAAAAGGAAGGAAGAGAGACAGAAACCUGGAAGGAAACUGUAGAUUUAUUAGCAGAAACGCUGGAAACAAAACUAGUCAUAAAUUAUUAAAAGGCAUGUGAGCGCACAUGUGGAGGCCACACACACACACACACACACACACACUCAGCAGACUCAUUAGUUCUUCUCAUAUACCUGACAGGUCACCCGGUGAAAGGGAAGCUAUCUUUAGCAUGCUAACCAUGCUCGCCUUGCUAACCACGCUUCAUACUAGAAGCCACGACAAUCCUCCACCAUGUGAGUCACGCCGGAGAGCUCGACCCGGACUGAGACUGGAGAAACUCAUCAAUCACAGACACACUCGAGCUACAGACGCUCUGUUCGCUCCUCUACGCUAAAAAAAAAAAAAAAAAAAGUCCACGUCACAGAAUAUCUGAACGUUCUGGUGUUUCAGAAAAAUGAAAUAAUGAAGCAGCAGAUGUGACCAACAUGUUGUUUUUCUUCCUCUUUUUCCUCCUUUUUUGGUUAUUUGUGAAAAUUGGUAGAAUAAAUGAAUGAAGGAUAAAUUAACACCCAGUUAUGAUUUAUUUUUUCUUAUUAUUACAUGCAGAUUUUGUUCGGGAUUUAAAUGUAUGUUUGUCAAAUUUGAAAUGAAAUAACAAAAACACCUCCCGGCAAAAUAUUGUUUGAGAAAUAAGUGCAUGUUCAGCAAACAGUCUGAACUAUCUCAAGUGAAAUCAAAUCAGACGGUCCGGCUCGCUGUCUUUAGUUCAGUUACAGUUCACCACCUUUUCUGUUUACUUUCAUUUAACCAUUAAAAAGUGAUGCAUUAUUAUGGGUUAAAUUAAGGCGAUGCUUAUCCACUCACGCUGUUUGGACCGGUCCAGGCUGAUAUGCAUAAAAAGUACUUUAACUACACUCAAGUACAAUUUUGUGUGCGGGUCUUUUAUUUUGAAAUUGUGGUACUGCUACUAAAGGAUCUGUGCACUUCUUCUUCCAUCGCUGACACUUUGUCUGGUGCUGAUCGUCCUGAUGAGGAGCUCGAGCUCAGAAACAGAAAUCUUAACUCUUUAUUUAUGUCUGAAAACAUUUUGUCUGUUGCGUUUAUGUGCGAUGUGUGAUAUCGUUGACAUACACGAUUGUAUAGUGACAUUUUAUUUUACCUCAUUUUAACAUUGUGGACGUGUACACUGUAUUAUUGUGUUAAAUCAAACUUAGAGGUGCUUUUGAAAUAUUUUCUUCUUUCAAAGUGAAAGCCCUGUGCGUCUUCUUCAGAAGAACCAUUCUGUAAAAAAAAAAAAAAUGUGUCUUUUAGUGUUGAGACUGUGAAAUUCUGCAAUUUUGGGUUAGCUGAGUGUGAAUAUAGGCUACACGUGAAUCAAUAAAACAAUUUAAGUUCUGA